AUGGAAGAAUACCUGCGGAAGAGGUACCUGGGGAAGGAGCCGAAAAAGGACAAGCGGAGCAAACAGAGUUGUGUAAAAAUACAUGACACUGAAGAAGAGGACAGGCAGUUCCAUUCACAUAGAGGAAACACCCCCUUGGAAGAUGACCCAUUCUUGGGGGAGGAGUCGGACCAAAGCUCCGACGACAUACCCAUAACCGUUAUGGGGGAGAAUAACCAAGAAAUUGUAAACCUAUCAAAGGAAAGCAAAAAGAAAAUUUUUCGAAGCUUGAAUGGGGAACUCCCAACAGGGAAGUUGACGGAAAAAACGAGGGGAGAGCUGCGCAAGCCGAGUGUUAAGAAGUUCAGUUUGAGCAGAGGAAAGGACAGAUGUAGGCGGGGAGGGCAAAAGGGAGGAUCUACUGGUGGAAGCGGCCACAGCGGUGAUGAAUCACCUGGGGGGGAUUCCCAAAGUAGUGACUUUUCCAGGCAUGGCCCUGGAGGGGGGUCUCCCCCCAGGAGGUUGAGAAGUCGUAAUGGAAGUGGGAGCGACUCUGAUUUGUCGCCCCCCAGGAGGUUAAGAAGUGGUGGUGGGGGGGGAAGUCGUAGUGGAAGCGGAAGUGACUCCGAUUUGUCUCCCCCGAGGAGGUUAAGAAGUGGUGGUGGGGGGGGAAGAAGGUGUAGCGGCAGUGGGAGUGAUUCCGAUUUGUCGCCCCCGAGGAGGUUAAAAAAUCGUGGGAGAGGAGGAAGCCGUAGUGGAAGCGGAAGUGGGAGUGACUCCGAUUUGUCUCCCCCGCGACGGUUGCGAAGCCGCGCAGGGGGGAAGCGGCCCGGGUCUGCGUCCAGUUCCGAUCACGGCGGUGAAGACGGUAGCGAUGCCCAGGAUGAUACGCGAGAUGAGGACAGUAGCGAAGCGGGUAAGGAUGGGGAAGCCCCGCCACCUUGGGGGAAAGGCAAAAAAAACCCAGCAGGUGGAUCCCCCGAAAAGAACAAAAAGCAAAACGUAGGGUCCACGAUCUACAGGGACAAAGGAGGGAAAAUCAUCUCGAGGGAGGAAUGGGUCAGCAAACAGAAGAUCGAGAUGAAUGCCACGAAUAGGAGACGUGGAAAGACCGGAGGAGAGGGAGAAGAAGACCAAGAAGGAGGGGAAAAGAAAAAAAAAAAAAGAAGCAAAGACUCGAAGGAACUAGAAUGGGGAAGUGGACUGGUUCAAAAAGAAAUGAGAAAAAAAAACUUAGAGCAAAAUGACAAAUUGGCAAAAAAAAAAAACAUUAUAAAUUAUGAGUACGAUUCUGAUUACGAUGCACAGUUAAGGAAGAUGAAGAGGAAGGAGGAUCCCAUGAAUGAGUAUUUGGAUGUCACGACGGAGCAACCCGCAAAGGCCACGUGUCGGUACCAGUCCCCCUACAACAGGUUCAACAUCCUCGCCGGCUACAGGUGGGACGGCGUUGUGAGGGGGAACGGCUUUGAAAAGAGGAGGUUCGAGGCCCUCAAGCUGAAGCAGCACCGGGAUAAGGUGGCCUACCUGAACAACGUGUCCGAUUUGUGA